CAGAGCAGAGGGUUCCGGGAAGUGUUACGUGUCACUGCUCUCCGAGCCCCCGGACUACGCUGGACUGUGGCUGGCCGCCACCCGUGCCUCCGCUCCCUGCCACGCCUCACUGUAGCUUCUGGGCCCGGGUCACAGCCAGGGACUACUUGCCGUCGCGGAGGCAGACAGGGCGGUGCAGUGUGCAGCCAUCUUUGGUCCAGCCAUUAUCCGGCAGCAGCAGCGGCAGCAGCGGGGAUACAUUGCGGCUCUGUGCUGAGGGCGGUGGCUGCGGACUGCGGGCAGGAUGGAUGAGGAGUACGAUGUCAUCGUCCUGGGCACCGGCCUGACGGACAGUAUCGCACGGGUUCAGGGGUCGGAUGUUACCGGAUGGCUCAGAUACUGGCUGCACAUUGAUGGGAUAUAGUUCCGUGAAUUGAUGGGGCUGUUCCAGUUAUUUCAUAGAUAGGAAUGCAUCUUGUCUGGGAUCAUGUCUGUGAACGGAAAGAAAGUCCUACACAUGGACAGGAACCCGUACUACGGGGGAGAAAGUUCCUCCAUCACCCCAUUAGAGGAGCUCUAUAAACGCUUUGAGAUCCCAGAUGGACCUGCUGAGAGCAUGGGGAGAGGACGCGAUUGGAACGUGGAUUUGAUCCCCAAGUUUCUCAUGGCUAAUGGGCAGUUGGUGAAAAUGCUGCUGUACACCGAGGUCACCCGCUACCUGGACUUCAAAGUGGUAGAAGGAAGUUUUGUGUACAAAGGAGGAAAGAUCUACAAAGUGCCGUCAACUGAGACCGAGGCUUUGGCCUCCAACCUCAUGGGCAUGUUCGAGAAACGACGGUUCCGCAAGUUUCUGGUCUUUGUAGCCAAUUUUGAUGAGAAUGAUUCGAAGACCUUGGAAGGAGUGGACCCAAAAAGCACCAACAUGCGAGAUGUGUACAAGAAGUUUGACUUAGGACAGGAUGUCAUUGACUUCACCGGUCAUGCACUGGCGUUGUAUCGAACAGACGAGUAUCUGGAUCAGCCAUGUCUGGAAACCAUCAGUCGUAUCAAGCUGUACAGCGAGUCUCUGGCGAGAUACGGCAAGAGCCCGUACCUGUACCCUCUGUAUGGGUUGGGGGAGCUGCCACAAGGAUUUGCCAGGCUCAGUGCCAUAUAUGGUGGGACAUACAUGUUAAACAAGAGUGUAGAUGAGAUUGUGAUUGAGAAAGGAAAAGUAGUUGGCGUAAAGUCAGAGGGAGAGGUAGCACGUUGCAAGCAGCUCAUCUGCGACCCUAGCUAUAUCCCUGAUCGCGUGCACAAGGCUGGUCAGGUGAUCCGCGUCAUCUGCAUCCUCAGCCAUCCCAUCAAGAACACCAAUGAUGCAAACUCUUGCCAAAUUAUUAUACCACAGAACCAGGUGAACAGGAAAUCAGAUAUUUAUGUCUGCAUGAUUUCAUACGCACACAAUGUGGCUGCACAAGGGAAGUAUAUUGCUAUCGUCAGCACCACGGUGGAGACAGCUGAGCCUGAGAAGGAGAUUGAGCCGGCACUGGAGCUGCUGGAACCUAUAGACCAGAAAUUUGUCGCAAUCAGCGACCUGUACGAAGCCACGGAAGACGGCACGGAAAGCCAGGUGUUCUGCUCACGCGCCUACGAUGCCACCACACACUUUGAGACCACAUGCAACGACAUAAAGGAUAUCUACAAAAGAAUGACUGGAACAGACUUUGAUUUCGAGAACAUGAAGCGGAAGCAGAAUGACGUUUAUGGAGAAGAAGACCAGUGAACAGGGUGUCGGAUUUGGGGGGUGGGCUAACGUUUAGGUGAAACUGAAAAACAUCUAGGAUUUUUUGGAAGGAAAGUGUAGCAUGUGUAGAAUCCUGUAUCAGUGUAAAGAUCGGAAUGGAGGUUGUGUAGGUUGUGGGAACAAAUAGCUUCCAUUCUCCCUUUGCUCCUCGUGACUCCAGAUUAACUUUUUAAGCCUUGGGCUAACACUGUGGUGGAGUUUCAACCUAGAGCGUUGCGGGGCCCAGAUCUCAAAGUAUCUCCGCUGUGAAAACAGCCAAAUAUUUGUUGGUAAAAAGUUUACAUUGUUAGUACAGCUUGCCCGGGCAUUCCUUGUCUCACACCGAGCAGCAACACGUAUUAGCAUUUCUUUCACCUACUACUGCCUAGAGGAGUCUUACAGUGAUGGACACGGCCAUGGGCGUAAUGUCUGUGGGCUUCAUUUUGAUUUAUACAUAAUGUCAUAGUAAUCAUAUUACCUACUGGCUAAUAUUAUGUGGAAAUUGGGCAGUGGCUGAAGUUGCAUGACAUUGUAAUGAAGAGCUCCUACAACCAGUUAGCUGUAAAGGUUCCAUAGCUCGUUGGUUCCAUGUCAUCUGGAGGUCUUUGGCUUUAAAGCUUUAUAACAGGCUAUCUCACAGACAUAAGCUGGUCCUAUGGCCAGCUGGUCAUAGAGGUCAUACGCCCAACUUCAGAGAAGUCACUUGUGCUACACUCCAGAACGUUGAACCCAGAAACCAGGAUACUCCUGUGACAUGCAGUUUUCUCUGUAGACGGCAAAGGUAUAGGACCCUGUUCCCACUAAUUUGUUUACUCAUUAGGAAAACAGCCAUCUUGAUUUUAAGUAUUCAAGUGGCGAAGCUAAGAUUGUCCUUUGGAAAGUAUGCUGCAAGGGAACUCCAUGUGUCUAAAGCAAGACUUCAUGUUCUAAAGAUCUACUAUUGACAUGUUCAUCUUCAGGUCCUACUGCCAGCGAGCACUUUACCAUGUAAAGGUGGGCAUACUAAUCAUGUGCCUUUAGCAAAAGUCCUAGCGUAAGCUUUAUAGAGGCUGUGUUCAGUACCUAGAGCUCCUCCAAAGAAAGGUCCAUCCCUUAGCUGAUUAGCCAUGGUCAUACAGUGUCCUGGGUAUCAUGUUAUAGCUUUUCCAAGAAGUGGCAUCUCAUUUAGGCUUGUAGAGGUUAGCUAGCUACCCAUAUUUCACACAUGGACCCAAUGUAUUUACACAGAUGCAAAGUGUUUUAUAUCAAAUUUUUCCACUUAUUCAGACCUUGCCUAAUUACUUUAGAGACUCAAGAAUUCAUCUCCUCUGCUCCUGCAUUGCUUUGUUGCCUCCAUCUCAAGUGUUUCUCUAAGAAGUGGCUUAAAAAGUUACGUUAAAGUUAUUCUCUCCCUAACCUAAUUUAUUUAACUUAUUAGAAAACCAGUCAUAAGCCAGUAUAUGGGAGUUAUGGGAAAAUACACCAGGAUAAACCCAGCCUUUUAUGUUCCUAGUAACCCGUGUCUUGACUCUACUCCCACAGGAUGCGAGAUGCAUUGCACACAGUAGUUGUUCUAUGGGGUGAAUAUUCCUGUAAGUUUAUCAAACAAGGUCGUAGUUUUGAAGAAGCCAAUUUGUUGAAAUCUUGACCAUUUUCAUGAGAAUGUGACUUCAUUAUGUACCUGGUUCCUAGUAAAUUGAUAGGCUGCAUUCUCAUGAACAUUAAGCAAACAAAAUGGCUGCCUCCAUUUUACCUCAGUGACUUCACUUUGAGCUCCAUAACUGAUGGUCCAGCCCAGAAAAUGGCCACCUUGAGUUCAUCAGUCAUGACUUAGAACACUGUACUAGACAUCCUACACUAGGGUAAGGAUAACACUAAAGUACUUGAUAGAAGGCUGUGUGGUUUAUUUUCUGUGUUUAAAAAGCAGGGGUUAUGCAGAGAAAUGGUCCAUUCCAGUAACGAGACGUUUCUUUGUUUAGUUUACAUUCCACAUACAUAAAAUUCAGCUCAGUACUUAUCUAAGAUAAAAUAUAUGUAGGAGAUGUGCCUCUUGGAGUUCUAAUCCCACUGCAGGUCAUCCAGAGGUGGUCACUAUAUAGUAUAUGGGUUUGUUCUCUUUUAGAGUCCUAUAUAAAUAUACAGUAUAUACAUAUUGUCUUCUCUGGUGCCUAGUGCCAUACGUGUUGUUCAUCAUAGAUUACGGACCUGUCUCUCAUUGUUACCAUAGAGCCGGGUUUCUCAACCUGGGUCAUACACAACACCAGUUCAUUUUAACUAAAAAUACCUGUUUACUGUAAAAAUAAUAAUAAUAAUAAUAAUAAUAAUAAUAUCAAAAUAAGUGUCUUUGGAAAACCUAAGGAAAACUUUGUGAGAAAAAGUUGGGAGACGUAGAGUAUGGAUCUAGUCCCAUAUGGAUCUUGCACACAGGGGUUCCAUGUAGAGUAUGGAUCUAGUCCCAUAUGGAUCUUGCACACAGGGGUUCCAUGUAGAGUAUGGAUCUAGUCCCAUAUGGAUCUUGCACACAGGGGUUCCAUGUAGAGUAUGGAUCUAGUUCCAUAUGCCAUUCACUCUACAGUGGGAUCUUGUUCUUUCAACUAUUGUGAUCAGUGUAGAGUAAGACUGUAUUCUCUGGUGUGAUCAUGGUAGGGAAUGGACCUCGGCUGAUGUGAUGGUUACCACAUCGAUUAUGGAUCCCCUCUCAUGUGGUGGGCUUCUUCUAGAUCCAGCUCAUUCCAUUUUGAAGUCUGUGUUAUUUCUCUUUGCACCUUUUAUUUUUUGCCUCAAUCUAUUUAUCAGCUUCUUUGCAUUGUCUGACCCUUAUAAUGAUCAUACUAGUAGAUAUUAUUGAUUUACUGUGUUUGGCAAAAACAAUAUCAAGUAAAAAUGUUGUGGAAA